AUGUCACACAAACUACCGCAGCCUCUUCCCUUAGUUCCACGGCUAGAUCAAAUUGUUCUAAUUGCAGAAGAGGGUAUCUCCAAAAUUCGAUGCGUCAGACAACGGAUUUUACAGACCAUUACACCGGAUACUGCGACCUUUUCUAAUGUCAUACGGCCACGGGCUGAACUAUGGAAUGUGAUCCAGGCUGAGCAGGGUAUGCUGUGGGUCCUUGGCUACGCGUCUCCCGACGAUGAGGUGCAUAACGAAAUCGACAAGGUGCGAGAAUUGAUGAGGAGGGUGAAUUCAGAGUGGAUGUCAGAAGCCCCAUUCUUCCAGCUUCUAAAGCCUGCGACGGAGAAGAAUGAACUUCUUGAUACUGAAGAUCAGUUAUGGCUGAAAGAGGACCUGUUGAACCACACUCGUUGUGGGCAUGGGAUCCUUUCCCAGGAGCAGAUUGGGCAUUACCUUAAGCUUCAAAAUGAGAUUGACAUGAUGCGGUCGAAAUAUGCCAAAAACCUAAGGACUGAGGACAGCGGUAUAUGGUUCAACGUUGAAGAUCUCGAUGGCGUUCCGAGCAUACACCUUGAAUCUUGGAAGGCUAACGAAGAAUUUCUUGGAAAGAAAUUUGUCCCGUUUGCUAAUGGUGGCACAAAACUUGUUCUCACCUACGCCAAUAAUAGCAAAACCAGAAAGCGAAUGUAUCUAGCUGAUGAAAAGAAGGUACCAGAGAACGUUCAACUCUUCCAGGAUGUUAUAAUUCAGCGUGAUACUCAAGCUCGAAAGCUAGGUUAUACUAGCCAUACCGCCUUCAGGGUUGAACGUCGGGCGGCGAAGUCUGUUGAUUGGGUCCAGACGUUCUUAUACAAACUUCAAGAGGAUCUUGCUCUCCAUGGGACUGAAGAGCUGGAUCUUCUUAAAAGUCGACGAAGGAAACAUCUCCAAAACCAAGGAAUAACUUUAGAGAAUGACGAUAAAUUCCAACCCUGGGAUCUGAAGUUUUACCAACGUUUAGCUGAGGAGGAGCUUGACAUCGACCGCUAUAAGAUUUCCGAUACGCUCAUCUGGCAUGAGAAUGUACAAGUUUGGUCUGUGUGGGAGAAGAGUAAGGAAUCGAACUUUGUCGGUUACCUUUACUUUGAUCUCAUUUGGCGAGAGAAUAAGUACCAAGGCUGCCAGAACGUCACUAUCGAGAAUGGUAUGACGCAGGAUACUAUGGAUAUUUAA